AUGAGCCUGCGGACGGGCGCUUCUCUCAUCACGUUGUCCUUACUCUUGAACAAGAUUAGUGGCCUUUAUGGAUUGCUUGCGCUCCUAACCGGCUACCACCUUUCACCCGUCCAGCUGUCCAUGUACCUUUACUCCCUACUCGCUCUCGGCGUCGCAACACUGCUCUUCCCACAUAUCCGGAAACAAUCUCCUCUGCAAUGUCUCGCUCUUGCCUGGCUCUACCUCUUCGAUAGCGUCAUAAACGCUGCAUAUACCGCUGCUUUUGGUGUAACAUGGUUCCUUGUCAUCUCUCAACAUUAUGAGACUACCUCCGGACCCGGUAGUGAGACGAUUGCACAGACUGCCGGAUUCACCAGCCCGCAGUACGAUUCGUCAUCUACCCAUAGCGCCCAGUAUGCCAGAAGUUCCGAUGGCCUAAGCAACGCGGUUACCCAACCGGAAAGUUUCCAAAGCAUUGUCUUCAUCUGCUCGCUAUGGAUCAUCCGCACAUACUUUGUUCUUGUCAUGCUGGCAUUCGCUCGCCAGUCUCUGCGCCUUUAUAUUGCUGUGCCUCGUCACACUCAGCUCCCGACUCAUAGCCGGAACACAUCCAUUGCUAGUGUGGCCAGCGUCGCCGAUAUCGAUAAGGAGCCGUUCUCGCCGUUCACUCCUGAUGGUCAAGGCUGGAAGGGAAAGCUUGGUCGUGCUAUGAUUAGUGUUGGUCGCAAUUAUUGGUUAGGUGAGGAUGAGGAUGGUAACUGGAUGGAUACAAUUGGGCGGCGAUUCCGUGCCCGCGGCGAGAGCACCGAGCUUCCUGGGCCCCUUGAAAGAGAACGGAGACGUCGUUCUGGAACGGGUCCUCCGCAACCUUCUCAGUCGGCUGUCCAGGCGGCUGCCUUACAACAACCCACUUAUGAGGUACCGGGUAUGAACGUCAAAAUGCAGGACUGGGGCGAAACCAGAUAA